CUAAGAUAGAAAUUUUCAGCAUGCAUACGUCAAAAUUAAACACAUUUGAUAUAUAUUUUGGGAGCUACUUGCGCCUCCUAGUGGCGUCACAUGGAACGACAAACUUUUUAAGAACUGUCAUUAAAACCCAAAGCCAGAAUGAGACAAAUGUACAGCAAUCAGUUUUUCUGUUUAUUAUUUAUUACCGCUUAAUGUUUUAUUGUACAAUAUCUACUAAUUAAAUUUCAAAGCAUUCUGACUGAAAAAUAAUUCUGAAGAAAAGCAGAAACAUGUUAAAUGUAUAGAAAAAGAUCUAUAUAUAAUCCAAAAAAAUAAAUGUAAGCAUAUAUACAAGUAAGGUUUAGCAUUAACCAACAACUUAAAUCUGCUUUAAGAAAUCUAAAAACAUUAGUAAUCAUAAUAAAAUCCGCAUUAUUAUAAUAUGUUAUAAUGGCAAACAUAUAUUUUUCCAGAAUAAAAAACGCACACUUAGUUCUCAUGAGUGGUGACGUAUGAAUUCCACGCAGAGCUCAAACACACGCGCGCAGACACACACAAACACACACACACACACACACAUUCCUGGUGGGAGUGAGCGAGCGAGCACACGCGCAGUCCAUCUCUCCUCACUCUGAAGCUCGCUCGCCUCGCUCUCAGUUAUCCCACGCAUCACGCACCGUCAAGUUGACUGUCGCCAUGCGGGAUCACAGGCAUGCAGCUGCUUUCAUGUGAUCAUCUCUCCGGCUGCAGGUGAGAAAGCGCUGAGUGCGUGCCGCGCUGCCCAGAACUGUGGUGCCACGGAUGCGCUUUACGCUGCUGCAUGAAUGCUUGGUCAUAACCCUUGGAUUUCAGCAUUAUUGCAAAGGACGGCGAUGCGUUUGGUCCAGCAGCGGUCUGAGUGCGCUCGGUGAUGGAUGUCUUGUAUAUUUUUCCUCUUGGGAAUUAAGGAAGGUUAAUGGAGAGCCGUGCGCUUCCGUGCGCCUUUUGAACAAACUGCGUCUUUCGGGCUUGUGCAUGCCUGCGUUGAGAUUUGCACAUUAAUGCUGGGUCAUUCGGCAUUACUGAUGUAAAAAUGCUGAACAACAUUCUCCUACUGAGUGUUUUAACGGUCACCAGUCUCCCAUCAAAGACAGAGAGCCGCAAAACUUCCAAAGACAUCUGCAAGAACCGGUGCUCGUGCGAGGAGAAGGAGAACGCAUUAAACAUCAACUGUGAAAACAAGGGUUUCACCACGGUCAGUCUGUUUCAGCCGCCGCAAAACAAAAUCAGCCAACUCUUUCUGAAUGGAAACUUUCUCACCAAGCUCAGCCCAAACGAAUUCUUCAAUUAUGGUAAUGUAACAUCUCUGCAUUUGGGUAAUAAUGGCUUGCAGGAAAUUAAACCGGGGGCGUUCAAUGGGUUAAAAAACUUAAAACGUCUCCAUCUUAAUAACAAUAACUUAGAAAUCAUUAGAGAGGACACUUUUUCUGGUCUGGAAAGUUUGGAGUAUUUGCAGGCUGAUUACAAUUAUAUUAGUGCCAUUGAAGCAGGCGCGUUUAAUAAACUGAAUAAACUCAAAGUGCUGAUACUCAACGACAACCUUUUGCUUUCUCUGCCUAAUAACAUAUUUCGCUUUGUCAUGUUGACGCAUUUGGAUUUACGGGGAAAUCGACUGAAAACGCUGCCGUUUGCUGGCGUCCUGGAGCACAUAGGUGGAAUAAUGGAAAUCCAGCUGGAGGAGAACCCAUGGAAUUGCACUUGCGAUUUGAUACCUCUGAAAGCCUGGCUGGAUACAAUUUCGGUCUACGUGGGGGAUAUCGUUUGCGAGACGCCUUUCAGACUGCACGGCAAAGACGUCACGCAGUUGAUAAAGCAAGACCUUUGCCCUAGACGCAAUCCUGGAGACGCGAGUCACCGCGCAAUGCAGCCGCCGUCUGACUCGCAAUACCAGGCUCCAUCUCCGACCCUUCGGGCCCGGGUGACGCCGACCAGAGCCCCAAAGGCGUCCCGCCCCCCCAAAUUGAGAUACCGUCCCACACCGCGCGUCACGUCAAGCAGAGACAAACACGUAUUCGGGCCUAUCAUGGUGUACCAGACACGGUCGCCGGUUCCAAUUACGUGUCCGAGCGUUUGCGUGUGCACAUCACAAAAUCCAGACAGCGGAUUAAACAUCAAUUGCCAGGAACGCAAACUUCAAAACAUAUCUGAACUUCAACCCAAACCAUCAUAUCCAAAGAAACUGCAUUUAACUGGUAACUAUUUGCAAACCAUAUACAGGACGGACCUGACGGAGUACAGCACACUCGAGCUUCUGCACUUGGGAAAUAACAGAAUAGCAAUCAUUCAGGAUGGAGCAUUUGAGAAUCUGACGAGCCUGCGAAGGCUGUACCUGAAUGGCAACUACAUUGAAAGCCUGUCUCAGUCUUUAUUCGCUGGGAUGCAAAGUUUGCAAUAUCUCUACUUGGAAUAUAACAUCAUCAAAGAGAUAUUACCCCUUACAUUCAACUCGCUGCACAACCUACAGCUUUUGUUUCUUAAUAAUAACCUCCUGAGAUCACUUCCCGACAAUGUGUUCGGAGGAACCAUGCUGACAAGGCUUAAUCUCAGAAACAAUCAUUUCUCACAUCUCCCAGUGCGCGGGGUGCUCGACCAGCUCUCCGCCUUCAUACAAAUUGAUCUCCAGGAGAACCCGUGGGACUGCACGUGCGAUAUCGUGGAGCUGAAGAACUGGAUGGAGCUGUCCAGCACCAGCGUGGUUGUGAACGAGAUCACCUGCGACUCGCCAUCCAAACACGCAGGCAGGCUUUUGCGCUCCCUUCGCAACGACGCCAUCUGCUCGGAACCGGAUGAGGUUCCUGUGACCAAAGCUCCCACCGUGGUGAGCUCGAGCACCGAAGCGACCCCUUUUCCUACCGUAACCCCCACGGACAGAGUGCCCGAGAUGCCCCCGGAGGUGCCGCUGUCCGUUCUCAUCUUGGGCCUGCUCGUCGUGUUCAUCCUCUCCGUGUGCUUCGGGGCGGGUUUGUUCGUGUUCGUCCUCAAACGUCGCAAGGGGGUCGAGAGCGUCCCCUCGGGUGCCAAUAACCAUUUGGACUUGAACUCUUUCCAAGUACAGUACGGCUCUUACAACCCAGACGCCGGCGCGGAUAAAACCGAUAAUCACGUGUACAACUAUAUCCCUCCGCCUGUAGGUCAGAUGUGCCAAAAUCCCAUUUACAUGCAGAAGGAAAGCGAGCAGGUGGCUUAUUACCGGAACCUGAAGAAGGAGCUGAGCUUCGGCACACUUGACCCCAAAAAGGACGAACUCAAUCGCAGCCCGGCUUACACUAUAAGCACAGUGGAGUUUAUUGAUAAGCAGCCGUGCGCCAAGCGCGAACCGGAGCUGCUCUACCAGAACCUUGUGGAAAGGGCAAAAGAUCUGCCCCAGUCAGGGCCGCUCAGCUAUAACUUUUGCACUUUACCCAAAAAAUCCUUCAUUGCACCAUACGAGACCACCCGACGGCAUAACCAGGAUCGAUUAAACAAAACCGUGCUCUACGGGACCCCGAGAAAAUAUGCCGCACAGUCCAAAAACGAGCUGUCCAACAAGCUUAAAACCGAGCCGGACUACCUCGAAGUUCUGGAGAAACAAACUGCGAUGAGUCAGUUGUAAUAUGGAGUCCACGUAGGCCUGUGUCAUGUGUAUGAAACCACAUAAGACGAUAUAAAACAUCACAAACCCAAGCCUUCCGUCUUCUUUUAGAGGCUGUCUACAUCGCCGCAAUUUAAAGAUAUAUUAUUUUCUCUAAGGUUUAAAUUAUUUCUUCUACUUGAAACGUCAAGACUGUAGCAGUUGUCGCAAGAAUAUGUAUAGCUUACAGCUUCAUGCUUUGUUUUUGUAAUAUGAAAUCUAUUUUCUCUCAGAUGACAGGGUUGUUGAAAUGACAUUCCUGUAGAUUAUAUCGGAUGGUGAGUGCAACACAAGUUCCUGGUUCCAGAAGUGCCUUUUGCACUUAAAGUAUUUUAUCUCUGCUUUCUGCUAAUCGACUUUUUAUAAGUGCUGUAUUUUAAGACUCUUUAUUGUAAAAUAGGAUUAUUUGUCCAUUGCAUUAAACUGAAGAAAGGUUAAAUGGCA